AUCGUAACUCAGCGAAUAACAACCCAACCAUCAGUCUCUUUCUCUCUGAAAAACGCAGUGAGAGGGCACCCGAGAAGAAGAUCGAAAUCGGAAGUAUCGAUCCUGAUUCUCUUUAACAAUGUUUCUGCGGGUGAUCGGGCGCCCAUUGUUGGCCAAAGUGAAGCAGACAACGGGGAUUGUUGGUUUGGAUGUGGUCCCCAACGCGAGGGAGGUAUUGAUCAACUUGUACACCAAAACCCUAAAGGAGAUUCAGGCGGUACCGGAGGACGAAGGGUACCGUAAGGCAGUGGAGAGCUUCACGACGCAUAGGCUGAAGGUUUGCCAAGAGGAAGAGGAUUGGGAAGUGAUCGAGAGGAGACUUGGAUGCGGCCAAGUUGAGGAACUCAUCGAGGAGGCCCAGGACGAGCUCAAGCUCAUCGAGAAAAUGAUCGAGUGGGAUCCUUGGGGUGUGCCUGAUGACUAUGAAUGUGAAGUUAUAGAAAAUGAUGCACCAGUUCCAAAGCAUGUUCCUUUGCAUCGACCUGGUCCUCUUCCUGAGGAGUUCUACAAGACGCUUGAGGCUGUGCAGUCCAAAAAUGAUGCAGUCACUUCUGGUCAGUCAGAGUCAAAGGACUAGUGCUUGGAACUCUUAAUUUGAGAAACAUUGAGUUUAAGAGAUCAAUCUGUCUCUUUGUUUUUGGUUUACUAUUUGUGUUCGUUCUCCUGUAAGUCCUGUUUGCCAGAUUGAAUAGGGUUUUCAUUCAACUCGGGCCAGAACCAUUCACUGAAUAAUGCAGACUGGAACAGAUACUAGCAGUUGUUUUUACAAAAUCUCAUACUUGCUUUCCUAUUGAAAA